AUGGCUGAUUUAUUUCAUGAAAGAUAUGGCCACACUAAUUUUACAAAGAUACAGAUUCAGGAAAAGCAAAAAGACUUGAAAGCUCAAUACCGACUUAUUAAGGAUGCUCGCAAACAGAGCGGUGUCAGCUGGAACUAUCAUACACACAUGAUAGAUGAUGACGCGUAUCUUUGGCAAAACUUGAUGACUACGUGGCCAGAAAUAGUUAAGUUCCAGAAUAAGCCAUUUCCCCUCUAUGAUAAGCUUGGUGAUCUGUAUGAUGGGCAUAUAGCAGAAGGUAACUUCAAUUUCACAUCAACUGAGGUUACACAAGUGAGUGAUGGUGAUCCCAAAGUUGAAAGAGAGAAGAUUGCCUUCUCUUUUGACCUGAAUCAAUACGAUGAUGAUUUACACAUGUAUGAUGAUCCAAGACAUGCCGCCCCAAGUGAUAGUCCAAGAGAUGCUGCCCCAAGUGAUGGUCCCAGAGGUGCUGCCCCAAGUGAUGGUUCAAGAAAUGCUACACAAAGAGGUGGUGUUGCUGCUUCAAAUAACAAGCAUGUGAAGGAAUCAAAGAAGGGUAAGAAGCGUGAUGAUCCUAUGGUGGAAGUGAUGACACAAUAUGUGGAGAUCAAACGGAAGCAAGCGGAGGAGGAGUCUGCUCUAUUGGCCGGGGCAAAAAAUGCCCAAGAAUUCUCCAUCAGCAAGUGCAUUGCUGUUUUGCACAAGGUGGAAAGCAUCCACCGCAAUGAAAGAGCCACUGCCUACAAAGUGUUCAAAAGUGUUGAGAACCGUGAGAUCUUUCUUAAUUCUGCCGCUGAAGAUGAAGAAAGUGCAGCAGUGUUUCUUCGAAGCGAAAUGGCAGAGUUUACUCAACGUAUCUAA